UUUCUUUCUCGCUCCGAUCAUCUCUAUACACGCAUAUCCCUCUGUGUCUAGUCAUGGCGCUUUUCCGAGCUGCAAUUUCCGGUAGGAUCCUCAAGUCCAGCACGGUUGUCGGAGCGCGAUCCAUGUCGUCAUGGUGGCGAAGUGUCGAGCCGGCUCCGAAAGAUCCGAUCCUCCGCGUCACUGAAGCUUUCCUCGCAGAUCCUAGCCCCGACAAAGUCAGUGUCGGAGUUGGAGCUUACCGUGACGAUAAUGGAAAGCCGAUGGUGCUCAAGUGUGUCCGGGAAGCAGAGCGGAGAAUCGCGGGUGGGUUUAACAUGGAAUAUCUUCCAAUGGGAGGAAGCGUUAACAUGAAUGAGGAAUCUCUGAAGUUGGCCUAUGGGGAAAUUGGAUUUGACACCUACUUCUCCAUGGCCAGAGGAAAUGCCAUUGUUCCUGCAAUGGAAAUGACUAAGUGGUUUGAUACAAACUACCACUUCAUUGUCCUCGAGUUGGGUCCUGAUGUGAAAUUCAGUUAUGUUUCCGACAAGGCAGUGAAUGAAUACAAGGAGGCUAUGGCACUUGGUGUAGAUAAUGUUCUUAUUGGACCAGUGUCAUACUUGCUGUUAUCUAAACCUACCAAGGGUGUUGAAAAAUCAUUCGCAUUGUUGUCCCUUCUUGACAAGAUCCUUCCAAUCUACAAGGAAGUUAUUACUGAAUUGAAAGGAGCUGGUGCUUCUUGGAUCCAGUUUGAUGAACCAAACCUUGUAAUGGACCUUGACUUAGUCCGUGGAUCUCAGACCCUUGAUUUGAUUAAGGGUGGAUUUCCUUCUGGCAAGUACUUGUUUGCUGGAGUUGUUGAUGGAAGGACUCUGUUACAUCAUGCCAUUCUUUGUGGCAAUACUGGAGUUGUCAAGAUUCAAAAACAGAAGCCAGUGAGACAGGUGUUAUGAUCUGUGCUAGGUACA